AUGCUGCGCGCUGAUCCAAAAAACCCUCGUGACCAAGGCCUUCUUAGCAAUUUGCAUACUUUGUUUGAUCCGGCCAUGAACCAGCUUCUCCUACUGGGCUGGCUAACUUACCACAACCUCCCUUUUAAUCUGGUAAAUUCUGAGCGCUUCAGACGACUGCUGCUCUACAACAAUCCUUGUCUUCAAGAAGGACAGAUACCCAGCGACAGGACCCUCGUGAACCUCUUAACGAAAGAACAUAACCGAGCUCUUGAUCCCGUGAGAGGUAUUCUUCAAAGAGCGAGAAGCAUGAUUCAUUUCACUUUUGACGGUUGGACCUCCCGACAAAACGCAUCAUUCCUUGGGAUCAACGCCCAUUUCAUAACCCAGGAUUGGAAGCAGUGGAAGAUUCUCCUGGCGUUACCCGCUCUCCGUAAGCGCCAUACUGGGGCAGCACUCGCCGAUGAGGUUGCAGACCCAUCUAUGCUUUCAGUCUUGAAAAUAAAGCUGGUUACUGAGUUUGAUUUUAACCGGCGCGAACCUCGUAUUCGCUGCGCUCCACACUUCUUGAACCUGUCAGUAAAGGCAAUGAUGUACGGCGGUAAAAAAGACAAUUUUGCGGAGCUGCUUGCGCAUUGGGGUGAUCAGGAUUUUAUUACUGACGAAGACGAGCAGCGUCAGUUGUCCGACGCUGUUGAUGCAUUCCAAAGCGGCGACGAUCUUGACACGCCUGUUCUGGAGGAGGAAGAUUGCGAGCCAAACACUACUUUAGGGGACAGCCGUGAUUCAUGCCCAGUUCCUGAGAGAAUCAAUGGCGACAAGAUGGAGAAGUAUCGCAAGUUCGGCCCGUUUGGCAAGUUGCACAACAUCGGCAUUGCUCUUCGAACUAGCAGUCAACUUCUCAAGGGACUUUCAUGA